CGUUUAGAUGGUGUUUUUGCUGUUUUUCUAAAAUUCUGAAAUUUUUUUUAGUUGUUUUUAAUUCCAGAAAUUGUGGGGAUCAAUUCCCUUGGUCCCCGGGCUUAAAAAAUCAGUGAUAUAAUGUUUUUACACGUUGACGUAGGUCUUCUUCCAUAUCGGAUAAAAAUAUUAUGAAUAAUCACUAUGUUAUACUAGUCAUUGAUUAUUUGUAUUUACUCUCCAUCUGAGUAUGCAUGUUGGUUCAAUGGGACUAAUAUAUGUUGAAUGUUGAUAUUCACUUGGCUUAAAUUAACAGUUUACUCUCCAUCUGAGUAUGACAUGUUUAAGUUUAUGGAGUGAAAAUCUGUCAUUAUAUAUGUAUAUUGCAAGAAUAGCUUCUUUCCCAUCGAAAUUUGUUGUUCAAGGUGCAUAGAUUGUAUAUAUAUAAUGUGUUUUGAAUUUUAAUGUUCAUAAUACAAACUGAUUUGAUCUAUUUAAAUAUUUAAUGUCUCCCAGAUUAACAAUGACUGCUUUUAAUCCCCUUACUGCCAUUCUUACCCAAAACAAACUUGAGGGUCCAAAUUAUGUUGAUUGGAAACGAAAUUUGGAUAUUGUUCUAAUUGCUGAAGAGUACAAAUUUGUGCUCGAUGAGGUGUGUCCAGAAAAACCUGGAGAUGAUGCCACAGAUGAUGAACAGAAGGCUUACCAGAAAUGGAUUAAGGCUGAUGAGAUGGCGCGGUGUUACAUUUUGGCAUCCAUGUCGAAUGUUCUGCAACAUCAGCAUCAGUCGAUGGAGUCUGCUUAUGACAUUCUGAAAAAUCUCAAAGAAAUGUUCGGAGAUCAGAAUCGUGCGGCUAAGCAGACUGCCAUGAAAGUUCUUCUGAAUACCAAAAUGGCUGAAGGUUCAUCGGUCAGGGACCAUGUUAUGAAGAUGAUGAGUCUUCUGAAUGAACUGGAGGUCCUUGGAGCUAACAUUGAUAAGGACACGCAGGUUGAAAUGAUCCUGCAGACUUUGCCUGACAGUUUUCAGCAAUUUCGCCUGAAUUAUAACAUGAACAAAAUGGAUUUGUCCCUUGCGAAAUUGUUGAAUGAGCUGCAGUUGGCAGAGACUAUUAUCAAGUCCCAAGCUCCUCCCGUGGCAUUGAAUUUUGAGGCAGGUUCUUCUUCUAAGCCGAGAGGCGGGCAGAAAAUGAAAAAGGCUCAAAAACCCUCUGUUGGUGGCGCGAUUGCUGGUGUGAAAAAGGCUAAGG